UCACACUGUCACAGGCGUCCGCGUCGCGUUGUAAUUUUUUUUAAGUUAAUAAAUUGCGUGUGUCUUAUUAUUUUAAAGAAUGUAUUAAGUGUUACUUGACUGCGAGUAGCUGAACAUGACCUCAAGCAUCGAUAGUGUGCGCGUGCUGCUGCAGUCGCUGCCUGCAGCGGCCGCCGCCUUGGGUGGCAGCAACAACAACGCCCAGCAAAUCGAGCAGCAGUCACCGGCAAAGGGGCUCGGAAUGCUGCUACCAACAACAACGCCUUUGCGCGCCAGAAAUCCAUACCAACAGCAGCCACAGACUCCGGCGCCUUUCACGCCGGAAAAAACUGAAGGGAAACCUGCGUCGGCGCCCGAGGAGUUCUGGCGUGAUCUGCAGCAGUUCCACGAGAGACGCGGCACUCCAUUGACCCAUGCGGCCAAGAUCAGUGGCAAGCAUGUGGACUUGUAUAAACUCUACACUGAGGUCACAGAGCGUGGCGGCUUCAACAAGGUCAACAUGCGGGACGAGUGGGAAGAGGUGUACAGUGCCAUGGAGACGCUAAGGGAACGCUGUGUAAAUGGCACGGCGGGCAUCAAGCAUAUCUACCGACGGUAUCUGGACAAGUACGAGCGGCUCAACUUCUUUGGCGAGGAUCCGGACAAAAUGGAGGCUCUGGAGGCGGCCAUUGAGAAUGCUGAGAUGGGCAGCGGACGGGCCCGAUCCCGCGCAUUGGCCGGGGGAGGCGGCGGCCUUGGCAGCAUCUUUGGAUCCUCGCACUCCACACUGCCAGCGGUGCCCAUGUCCUACAAUCAACGCCAGCACAUCAUCAACGUGGACCGGCGACGGCAGUACAAGAUGUCCACACAGCUGCACAAGCACAGCAGCUACGAGAAGCUGCUGCUGUCCCUGCUCUCGCCGCUGCCCAACGAGCAGGACUUUGCCAUCAACGUGUGCACCCUGAUGGCCAACGAGGUGCGGCACACCCUCCAACUGUCCGAUUGCCCCAAGCUGCUGGACGUGCUGCUGGCCCAUCUGGGCGUCUAUGCGGACUACACCAUGCGCAAGCUGUUCCAGCACAGCUACGCCGAAGUGCGCCACCACUCGCAGCACAAUUUCUGGCGCGACCUGCUCUACGACAAGCCGCAGGUACUCGAGCUCUAUACCGACGAACAGGCCUGGCUGGACAAUGGCCUCAUCAGCAAGGAGGACAAGGACGAGCAGGAGAACUCCAGCGCUCGCAACGAGCUGCUGGCGGCAUGCGAUGAGCUGGACUUUUUGAAUCUGCGCCGCAGCAAUGGCACCGACGAGCGCAUGGGCCAGCGCGUGCUCCAGAUAGUGCAGCUCGUGCGGGCGCUCAGUUUCCAUCAAGAGAAUCAAAUACCGCUGGGCUCCAAUCGCACGCUGUGGCGGUAUCUGGUCAUGGGUGCCAAUGUACGCUGGAGCAACAUCCACAUUCAGGCCCUGGAGACGGCCGGUAAUCUGGCGAACCAGUUCGAGCUGCAGGACCCCACCACGGACGAGCUGUCGCGGAAUCUGCUGGCCACACUCUGCGAGGGCAUCGACUCCAACGACCGAGCCGUCAUUAUCAGCUGCCUCGAGAUCAUAUACAAGCUGUGCGGCAGGGAAGGCAACUCCCAGUACAUAAACCGCUGUCUGGGCCUGGAUUUCUAUCAGCGCGCCAUGCUGCUGCUCUCGCUAACGGAUGUGAUGCUCCUCAUCUUCACUCUGGAGGCAAUCUAUGCCCUAAGCUCGCUCGGCGCCCGUCCCUGCUCUCUGCUGAUGCAGGUGCGUGGCCUGGUCGACCAGCUGGUGGCAUUGAUAUCCGUCGAGGCGCAGACCUAUGGAGCUGACGGUUGCAUUUUGAUGCGCGUCGUGGAGAUGGUGCCGGGGAAUCUGAUUAAUUCGCUGGCCACAAAUCCCACGGCUGCCACGGCUGCUGCUCCAUCCGCCCAAGUGGUCGUCAAGCCGCCUGCCGCUCUUCCAAUACCGACGCCCGCCCAGACACAGGUCCUGCAAUCGCAGACAGAGCAGCAGGUUGUGGCUCCUCCGGUGCCUGCUCCGCCUACUCUUCCCGUUCCGAGUCUGCCGCAGGUUCCGCUGCCACUGUCGCUGCCGGUGCCCAGUCUGCCACAGGUUAUACUGCCGCCGGGCGUUGUCUCCAUGGCUCUGCCAGCCCCACCCUCCGCGCCGCAGAGUUUCACACACGACGACGAGCAGUACGCUCUGGCCUGGCUGGGAGCCACCUACGAGCGAGCAGGCGCCGGCCACGAGUUCCGCCUGGAGCAGCAGGAGCUGUACAGGAUAUACCUGUCGCACUGCCAGAAGGCGGGCAAGCUGUCGGUGGUCAAUCACAUGCAGUUCCCACGCCUGGUGCGCCUCAUCUUCAACCAGACCGUGGGACCCGUCAUCGUGCGCCACUUGGACGGCACUGAGCUGCCGGGCACCUACUACGUGGGCAUCCGGACGCGCGCCCAACCAUUGGUCAUGCAGCAGAAGGCCAAUCCAUCUGCAGUUCUUCUCAAGAAGGAAACUCUCAUCCUGCCCAAGCCGCAGUCGGACUCAACGCCAACGGAAGCAGCCGAGGAGACGGCUCCUCCUGCGCCCACGCCCACGCCGCCCACCAGCUCCUCCCUCAUCAAGAGUCUCCUGGCCAACAAGGUGACCGAGCGUCAGCAGAAGCAAAAGGCACAGGUGCUGUCGCAGUCGCCCCAGCCCCCGGCCCUGGUGCCCACCACAGCCUCCGCAUCGAGUGCCCCCUCCAACCAGCCCAUCAAAGUAACUUCCACGGCCAUCAGUGCCUUCGUGAACAAUCCGCUGAUGCAGCACACGCCGGUGAAGGUGGGACAGACCACCAUAAAGCCACUCCAUCCCCAGAUGGCAAUGGAGAAGAAACCAAUCACCGACUCGGCUCCGCCCCCACUGGCUCCGCUUAGUGGGGCGAAUGUUGUGACCAAGGACGCCAGUGGACGCACCCUUAUAAUCUCGGCAGCCACCAAACGAAAGCUGACCAUCGACGACGAGCAGAACAAGCGCCUGGCCCUGGAGAACGCCUCCUCCUCCGGCAAGGAGGAGCCCCAGGUGACGCCCUCAAAAAAUGCCGCCAAUCUGUAUGCGGACCUGGCUGCCUCCAUACUGGAGGAUGAGGACUUGGAUGACGUUCCGCCAUUGGCCAAGCCAAGUCAGGAGCAGCCUCAGCAGCAGCAUCAACAACAACAACAGCAGCAACAGCUGCAACUCAUCCCAGCCAAGGUGCAGUCCACCCAACGUCAGCUGGUCUUCCCCGGCAGCAGUAGCUCCUCUCCCGGCCCGCCACCGCAGCUCAAGCUGGCCACUACGGCCACCAUCAAGACGGACCAGGGCCUACAGACGGUGCCGGUGAUCCUGCAGCCGAAAACGUCGAUGGAUGCCUCCCCGGCCCAGCAGACAACGCAGUACGUCCUGGCCACGAAUCAGCAGGGUCAGACCUACCUGGUGGCACAGCAGACACAGCCCGCCCUUCCGCCAACCUCUCAGUCGGCACCGCCCACGCUGCUGGUCACACAGACGCCUCAGCAGCAGACGAAGACCAUCAUCAUACUGCAGCAGCAGCCGGGCGGAGUGUCCGCUGCCAGUGUGCCUGGCACGCAGAAGAUGAUCAUGACCACGGCGCAGGGCCAGCAGGUUCUGGUCACCACCACCACGGCCCCCCAGCAGCCGCAGACACGCCCCGCCAGCCAACACCAACAGCAGCAGAUCUUCAUCACGCCCCAGAGGCCAGUGGCAUCACUGGGAGCAGGGCAGAUGUCCCCCUCCCUGCUCUCGCAGCUGAAUCAGAUUCCGGCCACCAUCAAGCUGCAUCAGCCACAGCCGCAGCUCGCCUCGCCGCAGGUGACGGCUCAGCAGCGUCUGGCAGCCGCCAAGGCGGGAGCCACAUUGCCCAUACCGCAGUUGCAGCAGCACCAGUCGAUCAUCCAGCAGCACAUCAUCUCGGGCCCACCCGGAGCUCCAGCUGCUGCUGCGCCUGGCGAGAAGCGGCAGCUACUUCUCAGUGGCAUGAAAGAAACGACUCUCAUCACCCAGACACCGGCCACGGCGGCUCCCCUGCAGCAGAGCCAACUCAACUCGCAGACGAUCAUCACCACGCAGCCGCCCACAGCCACAGCCAUGGGGGGCAUGCAGCAGCAACACAUCCGCACCGUUCUGGAGCAACAGCAGCAGCACCAUCCAUCCAUCAUUCAGCAGAAGAUCACCAUGCCUGUUAUCCCGGAGGCGACUAAGCCCGUUACUGGCGGCGCUAUAGCCAAGAAGCCAAUGCAGCCACAGUUUGUGCCCGCUCUGAAGCCAACGCUCUCACAGAUAGUGAUGAGUACCGGCGAAUCCACAUCGACAGUGUCCGGCAAGCCGCUUUCAGUCCUGGCCGAAUCCAAGCCAGUAGAGUACACUCAGGCGGCAAAUAGCAGCACCUCAGUGGUGAUCAGCCAGGUGCAGACGGCGCCUCUGUACGCCACUCCGUCUGUGACAGGAGCUCCCAUUGUCGCUGCCAGUCCCUCGCCCGUGCCCGUGGACGUGAAUUGGCUGUUCAUCUGUGACUGGCGCAACUGCCCGCGGCGCAAGUUCAAAUCACUCAACGACCUCAAAUAUCAUGUGGUCAAUGUCCACUGCCCGGACCACCUGGAUGCCGAUGCCGACAUCUAUUGCCAGUGGGGCAGCGGUCCCGCCUUCUGCGACAACAGAGCUCGUCGUCGCUACUCCCUGAUGACCCAUCUGAUCGAUCGUCACCUGGCCUUGGAUAAUCUACGCGCCGGCGUGCAGCGUCGCCUGGCCACGGGCAUACACAAUGUGGCGCCUGCCCAGCCGCCCGUCACCAUUGUGCGGAACGAAAGUCAUGCCCAGAAGCUGGCGGGUGGCAGUGCACCGGCUCCAGCGCCGGCCCCCGUGGUGGGCAGUGCGGCGAUGCAGGCCAUGAAUCGGCACACAACGGACUACACCAACUCCAAGGAGCUGAUGGACGAGAACGAGGGGCCCGUCACCAAGAGUAUUCGUCUGACGGCAGCACUCAUUCUGCGCAACCUGGUAACCAACACGUCGACGGCCAAGCGCAGUCUGAAGCGCUACGAGCCCCACCUGGCCAAUGUGGCCAUGAGCAACGUGGAGGCCAGCGCCGUGCUUUCCCACAUCAUGUACGAGCUGAGCCAGUAGGAGGAGCUGCCGGCUCCCAUUUAUAUCCUACCCAUAUAUAUAUAUAUAUACCUGUAUUUUUGUACCAUUCUCUCUCAAAUGCCCGCUUCUACAUAUUAACCCAUACCUGACCUAACGACACAAUUAAAUGUGAAAAACAAACCCGGAAAACCGAUUCCUCCAAAUGG